CCUUCCUAGAGUGUACCGGAGGAUUAGUCCGGCCGCCGCUCUGCGCCGCCCGCCCGCCCGGGGAUCAGGCUCGGGGGCGGAUUUAGAGCGCACUCUCGGGCUGGAGCCGGAGACGUGGGGAGCGGGCCGUCAGUCCCCGACGGGACUUGGACGCUCCUCCGAGCGCGGCCGCCACCCCGCUCCUCGUCCUUCACCUGCGGCCAACCUCGGGCGGCUACUUCCUGCCGCUCACCUGGGCUGUGCUCGUCUGGCUGAGCUCACCUGGGCGGUGCUCACCUGGGCCGCGCUCUACUGCCUGCCGGCGCCGGGGAGGGGGCCCCCCCGGAGGCUCCUCUGUCCAAGAUGAAGGACCGGCUAGAGCAGCUGAAGGCUAAGCAGUUAACAGAAGAUGAUGCUGACGAUGAGGUGGAGAUCGCCAUUGACAAUACGGCCUUCAUGGAUGAAUUCUUCUCAGAGAUUGAGGAAACGCGGCUCAGCAUCGACAAGAUUGCAGAGAACGUAGAAGGAGCUAAGAAACUUUACAGCAUCAUCCUGUCAGCGCCAAUCCCAGAACCAAAAACAAAGGAUGACCUAGAACAGUUAACAGCAGAGAUUAAGAAAAUGGCCAAUAGCGUCCGGAACAAGCUAAAGAACAUGGAGAGGCACAUUGAGCAAGAUGAGGUGCGGUCGUCGGCAGAUCUUCGGAUACGGAAAUCCCAGCACUCUGUCCUCUCCCGGAAGUUUGUGGAAGUGAUGACGAAGUACAAUGAAGCCCAGGUGGACUUCCGAGAACGCAGUAAAGGGCGCAUCCAGAGGCAAUUGGAAAUCACUGGCAAGAAAACCACAGAUGAGGAAUUGGAAGAGAUGCUGGAGAGCGGAAACCCAGCCAUUUUCACUUCUGGGAUCAUUGACUCUCAGAUCUCUAAGCAAGCCCUCAGUGAGAUCGAAGGACGACACAAGGACAUCGUCCGGCUCGAGAGCAGCAUCAAGGAGCUACACGACAUGUUUGUGGAUAUCGCCAUGCUAGUGGAAAACCAGGGAGCCAUGAUUGAUCGCAUUGAGAACAACAUGGACCAGUCAGUGGGCUUCGUGGAGACUGCUGUGGCCGACACCAAAAAGGCUGUGAAAUUCCAGAGUGAAGCUCGGAGGAAGAAGAUUAUGAUCAUGAUUUGCUGCAUUAUCCUGGCCAUCAUCUUGGCCUCCACCAUUGGGGGCAUCUUUGCCUGAAAGCCCACUUUGACCUUGACCACCUGCCUCAGGUGAGUCCUCUCGGAAGAGAGUGGAGAAGCAGCCUCCCUUGCUGUGACUGGACAAGCUGGACUUUGUUUGGCUGGACGGUCCAGCGGCAGGGUUACCAUUAUGUGAGACAUCAUGGGAAUGCAGGCUGUGUCUGGGCAUGGAACCUGGUUCCUGGGUCCUUGGAUAUCCCCAUAACUUUGGAUAUUCGUAGAAGGAUGCCUUGAUGUGGGUGGGCUGCUGUUAGGAGGGGAUAAUCAAGCAAUCAGCCAGCAAUUAUUCAGUGUUUACUAAAUGGGGAAACAUUCCAGGUGCUGAGAAUACCAAGACAAAAAUGAAAGUCCCUGCCCUCCGGGAACCUACUACUGAUUGUUAGAAAAAUCUUUCAAAUGGGAGAAAAGGCAGGACUGGAGAGGAUGAAAGAGUGAUACAGUCUGGGUUGAGGUGUGGGGGAUGGUGGAGACAGAUGCCAGGUGGCCACGUGGUCCAUGGAAGAGGGCAUCACUGAGAUCAGCGUUGAGCUUCAACGUCCAGGCCUACUAUCCAGGUGCCCUGGGUAAAUCACCCCUGGGCCUUCUUCCCGCUUACAAAAUGAUGAUUCUGUUUCACUCAGUGAGCACUACGGAAGCAGGUGGGUGGCGGGACAAAAGUGAAAGCAAUUCUUGUCCUCAAGGUGCUUACUUUCUCCCAAGGAGAGAGUUCCAGCCUAGUGGGGGAGGGUAGCACUUACUUCCUCAUCAAAAGAGAAAGGCAAGAGGAGAGGUGGCCAGCUCUGUCAAGUACUUUGAACUCCUGGGAAGAAAGGCCUGAAGUAGGCCCGGGAUGGCAUUUUAACUCCUGCCAGAAAAAGGUUCUCACUGAGGGACAUUUCGUAGGGUUGAGAAUAAAGUGUUAUUGAAUCAAUCCCACCCAAUGGGCUGACAUUGCUUGGGUGUUUUGUGAUCUUUCCUACCAUCUUUGCUACUUUUUUUUUUCUAGACAGAUCCUGGAUUAACAUUUCAGUUCCUCUUUCCAACCUGGCGGUGCCAUCCCUCCACUGCAGAUUUCUCGGCUACUUCGCCUCUCCUUUGAGAAGUCCCAGUUGUCGUCACUGGACAACCACCAGCCAAAUGCCUACCUUUUCAUUUUAUAUCUUCUUAGAAGCAUGGAGGGCCAGGGUUCAAAAACCCAUGGGACUCCACAUGGGGAACUGGCGGGCAGGGGGGUUGAGGGAAAAGUCAAUCAAGUUGGUUGAAGAAUAGGAGUUAAUAGUGUAAAUGAUCAGUGGGAGGGAUAGGCAGUUAGGCCCAAUAAGAAAGGACAGACGGGAAUCUGGAGAGAUAUAUGAGCUAUACACCUUUUAUGUUCUGGGUCAAAUGCCGGCCUUCCCAACAGCUCCAACUCAAGAGAACCUUGAUACCAUGGAAAGAGGACUUGCUACUGGUGAUCUUGGGCAAAUCGCUCCUUCCUUGGAUCUCAGUUUACUCAUUCCUAAAAUGAAGUCCUCUGAGGCCCCUUCCAGCUCUUGGUCUAUGUAUGAUCAAUCUGGGUUAACUCUGUUUAGGGUAAUUAUUAACCUCCUCUCACUAUCUUCUACCUCUUUCCCAGGGCGAGCUUGUUCCAGGUAAUAAUGUGAGUCAAAUAGAAGGAAUUCUUUACAAAGGUGGUAUUUGCUGCCCACUCUAUCUUUCGAUUAGGGAGUAUGCCCCCAAGCCAAUCUAGAAGAUGAAGAGACUGAGUUUCCACCUCUUUGAUGUUGUUAAGGCGGUGUUAGGGGGAUGGCGUUGCUAUUUAGUUAACUGGGAACACGGUGUUCCUGCGUAUCAACAGGCACGUCACCGAACCAACCCACAUCUGAAGGGGGUGCACUAGGUCCUUUUCCUAAAGGUGGAGAUGGAUUCACAUUGAUCUGCAAUAACCUAUUGCUGGAUAGUGUGGUGACUGGAUAGAAUGAAAGCUUGGAAGUCAGGAGCAAGUAGGUGUGAAUCCUCUUGUAGAAACUUAUUAGCGUGAGGAUCUUGGGCAAGUUACGACCUUUCUGGAUCCGUUUCCUCAUCUGUAAAAUGGAGGGGCGAGGUGGACUAGACGGCCUCUGGUCUCUUCCAGAUAAAAAUAACUGUAUGAAACCGUGAUCUAUAAUCCUAUGGCACCCCCUUGUGACUAAUGGCCCUUUUAGAAAAUGGCUGCCUGUUGGUGGGGUAGGGCUUUUUAGUGCAUGGGCAGCUAGGUGGCCAAGUGCCUGGGCCUGGAGCCAGAACAACUGAGCUUCCUGAGUUCAAAUCUGGCCU